AUGCCUAACACCAACUCGUCCCUGUCAAGCGCCCCGGCCUCGGCCGACGCGCCGUCUCCUCGCAUGCGGUUGUCACGCGGUCCAACUCAGGCGAGCUGUCAGAAUCCCACUCCUCCAGGUCAACGCUACAUCAUAAGCCACACCGACCCCAUGUCGUGGGUGGCGGUCGCAACCACCACCCUACCCGAGACGACUGGCCGUCAUCACCAGCGCAAAAAGUCCGCCCCCGCUACCCCGAUCGCAAGCCCCAAGGGACAGUCGCAUAUCCGCUGGGAGGAGGGUGCGCAUGAACAACGCCCGGGCUCGAUGAAAAGGAACUACUCCACGCCCGCCCUUCGACGAAACACCUCGGGUAUUCAGAAAAAGAUAAACCCCGCAGAUCGUCCACAUACGAGUUCCGAAAGGAAGAAGUCGGUCGGGUUCGAGCUUGGCGAAUAUGAACCUGACGACGCCGAAUGGGAAGACACGACACAGUCUCCCGAAAGCACACGACGCAACUCUGUUGCUCCUUCCAACCCCAGUCUCGAGAAUCAGCAAGUGCUAGUCGACCCCUUGACCUUUGUGAAGCGCCCAUAUCCGCAAAUGCCUCGUGCCACUAGCUUGCCUGAUUCGAUUACUAGCCGCCUCGCACGCGAACAGGCCGACGCAGAGGAGGAAGCAGAAGAGGAAGCAGCCGCAGCCGCCGAAGCCGCCUCUAGCCACGUUGAGACGAGUGAUAUUGCAAGCCGGCUACUGAGCCCUUCUCUUUCAGCAAAGGCGCCGCCUGCCAUGUCUUCCAUCUCAGCCAUGGCUAAAUCAUCAGAUGCUGCCCACCGUACCAAUUCCUCCCUUUCUCUCGCCGGCAAGGAUGGUGGUUCUCGCCGUAACUAUUCUACCACAAAUCUCGGCACAGCAAGCGUGCCGAGCAGUCAUACCCAAGCUACUUCUUCCUCCAUGGAAGGCGGUGUUUCUCGAUUUAUACCCAGUAACCGAGCUGGCCAGAAUGCGUCUUCACGAACGGAUUCCGACCCUAACACUCCAUCGUCUUUUCUCCCUCACUAUCAUCCCCAAACACCCCCAUCUCCGAACCGCGGUGCUGGAAAGGCUACCACGAGUUCUCCAGCGCAUCCUAGCCGUGCUGAGAAUUCCCGAACCAACCAGAAGAUGUGGCUGCAGCGGACAGCUACAUUGAAUAACUCACCACCCGACAGCCAUGGCGUGUCUAACGCUGUACCUCCCUCGGCUAUCGACUCUACGUAUAUGGCAAACAACAAUGCACGCGCCGGAGGCGGCUUUGAUACUGGUAGGGCCACUAAUGGCAGCGCGCGGGCUGGUGUCCCCGGACAAGACAGCGAAACGCGGCAGAUUCGCAAGGCAUACGAAAAGGCCGCGCUGGAACUGUCAGUGGUGCGACGAUUCCAGUCACCCGCUGGCGAUAGCUUCAACCGGCUUCGUGCUGUAGCGGGGGCUUCCAAAGCGCUGGGCUUAAGUCUUGAACAACGAUCUGCAUUGGGAAAGCCAACCAAGUCUGCCCCGUCGCUCCCUCUCCUUCAGCAAGGAAGACAUCCGAACCGGCUAGGGUUGAGCUCCGAGUCCAAAUCUCAGUUGCCUGAUCCCCACUCCUCUGCACCUGAGGACCCAGCCUCUCAAAGCGAAUCCACCGAUACUGCGACUACCAAGGUUUCGCACCCCUCACAUCGUAUUCUAUCCACCUCGGAUGAAGGAGUCCAGGGCCCCCCAGGGGAGAACGACUCGGAAGACUAUCCUCCCGUGAGCGAAGCCGACAUGAUGAUCCGCCGUAUGUGGGAUAGUCGUGAAGUAGCGACGUCUGGUUAA